UGUGUGUACCCCUUACCUAGGCAGUACUGGCACCUUUGGGUGCAGCAUGCUGCUGGCUGGGCACAGGAAGCACCACCUGACACACGAGGGGCGUGUCAAACCGUGCCUGCUCUUUGGAUCUGGCACCUUCGCCGGCACCUGUCCUACUUACACCCUCCGGCGAUGACAAUAGUCAAGUCAGACUAAGCUAUGAGUCAGUUUCGGGUGUUAGCGGGUGUGCUGAGGGGUGGGUGUGUUGGGGGGAGUCAGUGGCUGCGUGCAUGUGGAGGGGCCCCGGCCAGGCGCCUGGUUGAUCCCAGGAGAGGCUGCUCCUCAGGGGCUGCGCCUGAUGUCUCAGCAGUGGCCAGUAGCUCCAGCUAUGUGGAGGAGAUGUACUUUGCCUGGUUGGAGGAUCAUAAAAACGUCCACGAGUCUUGGGACGCAUUCUUCCGUAACAUCCAGGCCUCCAGUCCGUCUGGCGAGGCGGGCGAGCAACGCCCCUCCGCUCUGCUCCAGGGCCGAGUGCUGUCCCACUCACCAGACAUGGCACAGAAAGUGGUGGAGGACCACCUGGCCGUGCACACUCUCAUUAGAGCCUACCAGAUUCGCGGCCACCAUGUUGCCCAGUUGGACCCGUUGGGAAUCCUGGAGGCUGACCUGGACUCUUUCGUUCCCUCCGACCUGAUCACCACCAUCGAUAAGUUAGGUUUCUACGGUCUUGAUGAGUCUGACUUGGGUAGGACCUUUCAACUGCCUCCCACCACCUUCAUCGGAGGAGGAGACACCACUCUCCCUCUUAAAGAAAUCAUACACAGACUAGAGACAACCUACUGUGGACACAUAGGAGUUGAGUACAUGUUCAUCAACAAUGUGGACCAGUGUCAGUGGAUUCGUCAGAAAUUUGAGACUCCGGGAAUCAUGCAGUUCACUAAUGCUGAGAAGAGGACUCUGCUAGCCCGCCUGAUCAGAUCCACACGGUUUGAGGACUUCCUGGCCAGAAAGUGGUCAUCAGAGAAACGUUUUGGUCUGGAGGGCUGUGAAGUGCUCAUCCCUGCUCUCAAAACCAUGAUUGACAAGUCGAGCAGCGCCGGCAUCGACAGCGUGAUCAUGGGGAUGCCUCAUCGGGGUCGACUGAAUGUCUUGGCCAAUGUGAUCCGUAAGGACCUGGAUCAGAUCUUCUGUCAGUUUGACCCCAAGUUAGAGGCUGCUGAUGAGGGUUCAGGUGAUGUCAAAUACCACCUUGGGAUGUACCACGAGAGGAUUAACCGUGAGACAGAAAGGAACAUCACACUGUCACUCAUGGCAAACCCCUCCCACCUGGAGGCGGUGGAUCCAGUGGUUCAGGGCAAGACCAAAGCUGAGCAGUUCUACAGAGGGGAUACUCAGGGAAAGAAGGUGAUGUCCAUCUUGAUACACGGUGAUGCUGCUUUUGCUGGACAAGGAGUUGUGUAUGAGACUUUCCACCUGAGUGAGCUCCCCUCCUACACCACACAUGGUACAAUCCAUGUGGUGGUCAACAACCAGAUUGGCUUCACCACAGACCCUCGAGUGGCCCGCUCCUCGCCCUACCCCACUGAUGUGGCUCGGGUUGUCAAUGCACCCAUCUUCCAUGUGAACGCCGACGACCCCGAGGCAGUCAUGUACGUGUGCCGGGUGGCUGCAGAGUGGAGGUCCACCUUCAACAAGGAUGUAGUCAUCGACCUGGUUUGUUACAGGCGCUUUGGCCAUAAUGAGAUGGACGAGCCCAUGUUCACCCAGCCACUGAUGUACAAACAGAUCCGUCGGCAGGAGCAUGUGCUGAAAAAGUACUCCGACAGGCUCAUUGCGGAGGGAGUGGUGAUGCUGCAGGAAUUUGAGGAAGAAGUUGCCAAAUAUGAUAAGAUAUGUGAGGAGGAAUACGCCAGCUCCAAGGAUGAAAAGAUUUUACACAUUCGGCAUUGGCUCGAUUCCCCCUGGCCAGAUUUCUUCACAGCAGAGGGAGAGCCCAAGAGCAUGAGCUGUGUCCCCACAGGACUGGAUGAGGAGGUUCUGCAGCACAUUGGCCAGUCAGCCAGCUCAGUGCCUCUGGAAGAUUUUAAAAUCCACCCUGGUGUGUCUCGUAUCCUGCGUGGUCGCGCUGACCUGGUGAAGAAUCGGCAGAUGGACUGGGCUUUAGGAGAGUACAUGGCCUUUGGUUCCCUUCUCAAAGAUGGCAUCCAUGUACGACUCAGUGGACAGGAUGUAGAGCGGGGCACCUUUAGGGCCGGGUCGCAGGGGCAGCAGGCAAAGACCCCAGACAUUUUCAAGCUCCUCCUAGGGGACCCCAAGGCGUUCCCAGGCCAGACGAGUCACCGUCAUCACGUCCUGCAUGACCAAGAGGUGGACAAACGAACCUGUGUUCCCAUGAACCACCUGUGGGACAACCAGGCUCCUUAUACCGUCUGCAACAGCUCCUUGUCAGAGUACGGAGUGCUUGGUUUUGAGCUUGGCUUCGCCAUGGCCAGCCCGAAUGCCCUGAUCCUCUGGGAGGCCCAGUUUGGAGACUUUCACAACACAGCCCAGUGUAUCAUUGACCAGUUCAUCAGCCCAGGCCAGGCCAAGUGGGUCCGCAACAAUGGUAUUGUCCUGCUGCUGCCACACGGGAUGGAGGGAAUGGGUCCAGAACAUUCAUCAGCUCGACCUGAACGCUUUCUGCAAAUGAGCAAAGAUGAUCCCGAUCACUUCCCUGAGUUAAGUGGAGAUUUCGAAGUUCAGCAGCUGUACGACUGUAACUGGAUCGUGGUCAACUGCUCCACGCCUGCUAACUACUGUCAUGUGCUCAGACGGCAGAUUCUGCUGCCAUUCAGAAAACCGCUGAUCAUUUUCACACCAAAGUCUCUGCUGAGGCACCCUGAUGCAAGGUCCAGUUUUGAUGACCUCGCCAAAGGCACUACAUUCAAGAGGCUGAUUCCAGACGAGGGCCCUGCAAGUCAAAACACAGCGCAAGUGAAGAGGGUGAUCUUCUGCACCGGCAAAGUCUACUACGAACUGGCUAAAGAGAGGAAACAGCAAAAACUGGACAAAGACAUCGCCAUCAUCAGACUUGAACAGAUCUCUCCAUUCCCGUUUGACCUGGUCAGAGCAGAGGUAGAGAAAUACGGCAACGCUCAGCUGGUCUGGUGUCAGGAGGAGCACAAGAACAUGGGUUACUAUGAUUACAUCCGUCCGCGUUUCCUCACAGUGGUGGCCAACAAGAGGCCUGUAUGGUAUGUAGGACGGGACCCUGCUGCUGCUCCUGCGACAGGGAACAAGUCGACCCACCUCAAUGAGCUGAAGAGGUUCAUGGACGCGGCUUUCAACCUGAGCGCCUUCCAGGAGAAGGACGUAUAGUUGAGAACUGGAGCAAGACUGGAGGUGCAGUUUCAUCUCCAGCCAUCAUGGUCUAUUUUUUAAGUCUUUUUGUCAAACACUUUUAGCUUUGUGACAAUCUGGAGCGUAGCCUUUUUAGUAAACAUGAUGUUAACCCUUAAUAUACUUAUGUUAAAGAUAGAUGACUUAUGCCAAGACCGCACUGCACAACGUUUAUGUCUUGGUCACUGUAACAGAUUAUGUGAUCAUCGUUCAGUCCUGACAAAAGGCACACAUUUGGACGCACUAGUUUUCCCAGGGUCUCAAAAGUGUCCUAAAUGCAGCUCGUUCUCCUCUGUGACACAUGACAUGGGAUACAAGGACAAUUUGCUGUGCCCUGGCUGUGCACCAUGUCAAGUGAAAUCAAGUCUUUUUCAUUUAUACAGCCCAACUCCUCCUCUAUCAAAAUCGGGCCAUUUUUGGGCUGAUAUCAUGUAGUCUAAUUCCGGCUUUACUGGACCUGCACUUUAUUCACUCGACACUAUUCAACACGUGGUCUUUAUGAGGGCUUUAACACAAUACGCAUAGUGUAUGUACACACCCCAAAACCUUGUCUAAAGAAAACCAGACACAAAUUUUCAGCCUCUAAACGGUGCUACACCUCCAACACCUUUAUUAUAUGAAAAAAGUGUUACACAAACAUGAAAUAUAAGUCAUAUAAUUAUCACCUAGUUGUGUGGUGAAGUAGCAACAGCACACUUGUGACAAUCACUGUUAUUGGAGUGGCUUUAAUACCCUAGAAACCUCCACUGCUGCCAAGCUGAAUACUAGUUUAUAUUUUUAGUAUAGAUAUAUAUUUGAAUUGAUUUUGUAGAUGAAUAUCAGAAGCUAUAAGAUGCACACAAAACUCCAACUGGUGUGUUUAAACAAUGAAUGUGGAACACAUAUCACAGGUAUGAAGACUGUUUUGCAAUUUAACACAUCAGUAGCUUUAGUGCCUGCAUUUGCUCCGGCUACCUUAGCUGUUGUUAGUGAAGGAGUGUGUAUUUAUUUUCACACUUCACUUCACCAGGAGACAUGAGCCAGCUGGCACCGAGACUUGAAGCCAUGUUUUCUUCUUAGGACAUAAGGCUCAGCUUCCUCUUCGGAGGCUGAGGGAUGCGCACACACACAUAAACACGGCAAAGCUUUGAGAGCAAUAUUGAUGCUUGGUUGUCACAUUAAAAUCCCCAGGUAUGUAACAGAAGUGAUAUUAGUUAACACUGUGCAUAGAAAUGUUCCAUAAAAUGAUGUUUCCUGUCUAGCAGUUAUACUGUAGCUCACCAUUUCCAUUUCCAGCUGAGAGAUUUAACCCCAAUCUAUGCACAAACGUAACUUUACAUAUCUAAUUAUUUUUGUUAAAGGUUUAUGUGUAUUAGAUUUUUAAUGAAACCAUUAUAUCCACAUAUUAGUGUGGCCAUUGAGACAUAUGCACGCACUUACCCUGGGAAUAAUAAAACAUGCAAUAAAAUAUAUUUAAGUGUAAUAA